AUGUCGGCAGGAUUUGGCAGCAAGGUCGGAAGCAACUCUCCUACAGCUUUAUCCGUGUGGGCGAGCGAGACGGAUUCAUUAUGCUGCGAGAACGAGGACACGGGCAGCGAGAUGGGUGAUGGAAGUGUCGACUCGUGCUCGUCUUCACCACACACGCUGCGCGGCAAUGCACGCCGCGACGACCAGAUCGUGUGCCGCUGCGAGAUCGCAAUGAGCGAGCUCGACGACAUUCUUGCUUUGCUACAAGCCGCUCUGGUCGACUGGGAAGACCCCGACCAACUUCUUCUUCGGCACGGCUACUGCAUCACCGUCGAGGACAUUCUCACCCACGCCAUCGUCCCAGCUCCUCUUUCCCGCAAUGACGCCAAGUCCUCGCUCGUCUUCAACCCCUCGCCAUCCAAUCAAUCGCUGAUCGCACCGCUGGUAUUUCGACUGUCGGAACUAUCAUUAAGUUCCUCUUCCUCCUCCGUCGAAUCCUCCGGCAAUUCCUCCAACAAGGAGCUUGGCCAUAUGUGGAGUUCAAAGCGGAACUUGGUGGAGCUAGAGUCCGAAGUAGCGGAGUCCUCCUCCUCUGAGGAGUCGGCUUCCGAAUCAGAAUCAGCAGAAGACUCCUUCUCUUCGCAAAAAGAGUUCCAAAAGCCCUCCUCGAGCCGUCGUAACGAGGAACUCAGCCCUGCGCGGCGACCGAAGCGGAGCUUAGCGGAGCCGACGUUCGAAGCAGCGUCAGAGGAGUCGGCUUCAGAAUCAGAAUCAGCAGAUGACGCUUCCUCUUCGGAAGAAGAGUUUCAAAAGCCUUGUUCGAGCCGCCGAUCGGUUUCUCGUCUCCUUUUCACGGAUAGGAAGUCCGACUCGGAAGAGAGCUGCAUUUCCCGGACUGUUUCCCACUCCCCUGAUCAGCCUUCAACUCCUACUCCCAGUCCACGAACCCCAUCCAGCAUGAAUAGAGGCGGCCUCAAGUCCAUUCUCUCUCCAUCCCCGCGGAGCAAGUGGAAGAGGAAGCGGGAUCUCAACCGUAUCUUGGAGAGCUUGGGAGGAAGAAGAGGGAUGCGUUGCGAUUUGAUGUAUGAGAAAGCGAUGUGCAUCACUUCACAACAAUGUGAGGUCAACAUCCUCCCCUCCACGUCCAACGGAUACAGACUGGUGGAUGUGAAGCGGAACAGCAAGACCAUGGUUGAUAAGAUUUGUUGUAGGAGGAUACUUGUGAAGCCAUCUUCUCUCAAUCACGACGGACGACUUUCCACUCCACAAUCCUCAGCUGCAGACUGA